GUAAAAUCAUGUUCAAUAAUCGCGGUUCAGUGGUUGAAAGUAAAUUGUGUUAUCUUAUUUCACGGUUAUUAUCAAUGUAAUCUCUUUGAAGCCGUUAAGUUUGAUUUGGUGGUCGGAUCCGAUAAGGCCGUGGAUAAGUAACAAUUUAUUUUGUUCCUGAUAUAAUUACAUUUUUGUAACGUGAACCAGUCAGGAGCUCAAGUUAUUGUUAGAAUUAUUUUUACUACCGACUAUUUUUGGUGCAUUUCAAAGAAAACAAUUUUGAACAGCAAAAAAUCAAAUAUUAGUACAUAAUGAGUGAUUCUUCAAAUAGCUCGGAAUCUAGAACAAGGAAGAGGAUUCAAGAGGCUAAGAAUAAAGCUAGACCAGAACUGAGUGAUAAAUAUGCAUGGCAUGCCCAUGGUUAUGCUGACAAUUUUAAGCCUUUUACAAAAGUACAUGAUAAUGUAGAUCGCAUUGAUGUGGAAAUUGUGAGUCCCGAAGUAUUUGUGGAAAAAUACGAGCGACCCUAUAAACCAGUUGUGAUAAGAGGACUACAAAAUAAUUGGAGAGCUUCUUAUAAAUGGACAAUAGAAAGAAUAGGAAAAAAAUACCGUAACCAAAGAUUUAAAUGUGGAGAAGACAAUCAAGGAUAUAGUGUUAAGAUGAAAAUGAAAUAUUUUGUUCAUUACAUGAAUAAUAAUAAAGAUGAUAGCCCUUUGUAUAUAUUUGACAGUAGUUAUGGUGAUCAUCAUCGAAGAAAAAAAUUGUUGGAUGAUUAUGACAUACCCUUAUACUUUCAAGAUGACUUAUUUAAAUAUGCAGGUGAAAAGAAAAGGCCUCCAUAUAGAUGGUUUGUCAUGGGUCCUUCUAGAUCAGGGACCGGAAUUCACAUAGAUCCAUUAGGUACCAGUGCCUGGAAUUCAUUAAUUACUGGACACAAAAGAUGGUGUCUGUUUCCUACUCAUACUCCUAAAGAACUGCUCAAAGUCACUUCGGCUGAGGGUGGUAAACAACGUGAUGAAGCUAUCACUUGGUUUAAAAUCAUCUAUCCUCGUACCCAGUUGCCGACUUGGCCUAAGGAUUGCUCACCAAUAGAGAUACUUCAAGGCCCCGGUGAAACUGUGUAUGUACCUGGUGGAUGGUGGCACGUAGUACUCAACUUGGAUACUACUAUUGCAGUAACUCAAAAUUUUUGUAGCCGUACUAAUUUUCCUGUAGUAUGGCACAAAACAGUUAGAGGUCGACCAAAAUUAUCACGUAAGUGGUAUAAAGUGUUGAAAAACAAAGAACCUGAUUUAGCAAUAGUAGCAGACUCUGUUGACUUAAAGAACAAUACGGGUCUUGCAUCGGAUAGUUCAAGUUGUUCAAGUAGUUCUAGUAGUUCAAGCAGUUCUAGUGAUGGAAAUUCUAGUGAAGAAGAUAGUGGACAAGAAUCUCUGCAUGCACAUAAAAAAAGAUGUAAAUUAUCUUCACCGAAUUAAGUUUUAAGAAUAUUUAAGUUUCGAGGCCAAGAAACUGUAUUGCAAGAAUUUAUAUUCCAAAUAGGGUUGUUAAUUGUGAACAAAGUAUUCUAUUCCUUACAUAUUUUUUUAUUUAAUUUUAUGUUUACUAACCUUAUGUGCAGACUAUUUCUUAAGUUAUGAAAUAAAUUAUGACUAUGAUAAUAACAAUUAAUUUUCAUAACAACAUAAACUAUCAAUAUAAAAAAAACUGUAUUUUAAAUAAAUUAUUUUGACAAUA